AUGACCAAUCUAAUUGUGAAUUAUUUGCCCCAAAAUAUGUCUCAAGAUGAAAUAAGGUCAUUAUUUGGAAGCAUUGGAGAGAUGGAAAGUUGUAAGCUUAUUAGGGAUAAAUACACCGGUCAAAGUCUUGGUUAUGGAUUUGUCAAUUACAGAAAUCCAGCUGAUGCACAGAGGGCUGUAGGAUCUUUGAAUGGUUUAAGAUUACAGAAUAAAAUGAUUAAAGUCUCGAUUGCAAGACCAAGUUGUAGCCUUAUUAAAGGUGCAAAUUUAUAUGUUGGUGGCAUCCCUAAGUCUAUGACUGUACAAGAUCUAGAAAAUUUAUUUUCACCUUGUGGGAAUAUUAUUACAUCCAGGAUACUGAUUGAUCCUAAAACUGAAAAAUCUAAAGGUGUUGGGUUUGUGAGGUUUGACAUGAGACUUGAAGCUGAAAGAGCAAUAAAGCAACUCAACGGGAUUCUACUCUCUGGUUCUUCUGAACCUAUGACUGUAAAAUUUGCUAACCAUCCCAGUUCACUUCAAAAUAUUACAACAACCAUUUCUUGUCAAUCUCCAACUUCUAAACAUCAACAACAAACUUCUCCUUUUUCUCCUAGAGAAAAAUCUGGCGGGUACUGUCUGCUUGUAGAUAAUCUAUCUCCUGAAACUGAUGAAGUGGGUUUGUGGCAGUUGUUUGGACCUUUUGGAGCUGUCCAAAAUGUUCAACUGAUGAGAGAUAACUAUUCAAUAAGUAAAUCAGCUAUCAACACUUCUCACUAUCGACGAUAUGCUUAUGUCACCAUGACCGAUUAUCAUGAUGCUGUCCUUGCAAUAGCCUGGUUGAAUGGUUUAAAAAUAAAUGGUGAAGAACUUCAUGUUUCUUUCAGAAGGGGUGGUAAUGGCGUCAAUAUAAAAGUUUCUGAAGGCUGUGCGUGA